UUGUGAUUCCUUGGACCGCCUCAUCGUUUUUCUCCAGACUCCAGUACAGUGGUAGCAUCAUUUGCUAUCAGUUAUUACUUGAUUUAGCUGAAACGCAGCAAUAUGGCCGUUCCCGUGUAUUCGAAAACGCGGAAUGGUGGCGACCUGUUGAUUUUGGGAGGGUAUGAAUAUGUGCGGACCUACGAAUGGCGUCAUGACAAUCGUUGGCGUUGCCGUAUGCGUCCUAAAUGUUGCGCCACGCUGGAUAUGGAUGAAGUGGUGGCCACACUGCACUCGCACCACACGCACGAACCCGUGGUACGCAGUGAGCAGCAGGAGCCAGCCGCGCAUGCGGAGAAGUUCCCGCCAAAAAGCUCCGUGGUGAAGAUGGUGUCGUUGCCGAAAAAGAAGUCCCCGAAGGCGUCUGCUUACCGAACGAAGGCGCCCCCGAAGCGGUCUGAUUUGACAGGCCAGACCAUGCAGAGUUCGGGUAGUCCACAGAUGGAGUUUCCGCUGCGACUGUUUCCGCCGGUGGUGGCGCACAGCAGCAAAUCUGUGCCCGGUGACACUCAACAAAGUGUAGCGGGAUCUGCAAAGGUGAGGGCUACGAGUGGAUUCAGCGGUGACAUUAAACGGGAUGUGGGCGCCGAAAGCGUGCAGAGAAAUGCAAAGAGAACGACCAAGAGUGCACCAGAUCAUCGAUCCUCAUUGACAGAUCCACCAUUACCGCCUAUUCCUCGACUGCCACGACUGGCCGCAACUCCUGUCCCUGAUCCUUCAUGUCUUGCUGAUGCCGUGCCACUUCCUGCUCCGAAGGGUAACAACAUAGCUGUCGCGGUAACCGUUGGGACUGAUGCCGCAGAAACAUUUGGUAAUUAGGUGCUGAUUGACUGCUUAAUAGGCCAGUACAUCACUGCCAUGCUGAAAGCGCUCCGCCCCGAACACAUGCGGCAUUACGUGAAGACCAUUCGGAAGACGAUUAUCCAGCUGGACCAGCAGGUGGCUGACCGGGAUUCCGAUGUCGAGAUGUAUUAAUAAGAUAAACAGUUGAAACUGUUCGUAGACCGGUUCCUGCCCGGGGAUGCCCUCCUGGUAAAUAUCAUGGUAUGGUGCACAGAUCUCAUCGAUUUAAUGAUGAACUCAUAGCUGUUUUGAGAGUUCUCAUUCCAUUUCCGUGUAUCAUUAUUAUGUGUUCUAAUUUACGAACGCUUUUCUGCAGUGGCUGGUUACCGCUAGAAUUUUGUGCGCAAUAGAAACAUUUUGUCUGGCUGGC